ACUGUCACGUGCAUUCGAAGUGAUAACUACAGUAUUCCGGGCAAUUUCGACGUUACCUUAUUUCCCAAGGAAGUUAGGACCAUCCUCAUAGGCAGGCUGAGCUCCGUUGCUGUUGGACGAUCAAUGAAUACCAUUCACAAUGACGCCCCACCGUUACCGGCCGAUUUAAACGCGUUAAGGGCCGUCUCAUUGUACCACUUCCAGGGAACGAACGGAACGCGUGUCCCCUUCGAGGCCUUCUUAGUCAACGUCAAAGGCAGGCUCACUUCUUUACAUGUGAAGUUCAGCCGUAUUGGUACACUCGGCGCCAACUUCCUUGACGGAUUUAUUAAGUUGCGUAACCUGGACCUUAAGGGCAACGAUAUCAGCCAGAUCGAUCCAGCCGCUUUUCAAGCUCUGUCCAGUUUGCCACUGUCAGGCCCUGCGCUGUUGGACACAAUCCAACUGGAUGAAAAUCAAAUAACCACUCUGGAUUGGGCAGUGUUCGCUCCAGUUGCUAACUUACUGAUAGAACUCACACUGCAAAUGCAGAAAGUCCCUAGGUUGAGUACGCUGACCUUAAGCCAACCAUACCAGUUCAGCCAGUUGCAUCAUGUGGAUCUUAGUAUGAAGUCGUUAAAUUUCUUAUCCCGCCCGAUUCGUGACACCCUGUCCAUAACCAAUGAUACCAUUAUUUUCAUUACUAACAACGCAUUUUGCCCAGCGGAUACCAGCAAAGCCUGUGCUUGUUGCGCUGCCAAGGACUUUGUAAGCUGGGCGCAUGAACUUGCUAACCGAACGGUGUCGCAGCGACCGUUUUCAUUGAUCUUUACUUGUGGGACGGGCAUUUCGUCAUCCGAAUGGACCGUGGAGCCGGAUGCUGCAGUCUUACCAUCGUUAGACCAGUAUGGCUGCUGCACCAACCCGGCCGCGCAGGACUGCAUUACCACUACGACCACGCCUCGUACCACGCCGGUGCCAACCAAACCCUCGGAUCUGGAUGAUACGACAACGCACGUUAAGCCAGAGGGCCCUGGUGGCGCUGCAGUGACCGAGCAUCGUACCAGUGGAGUAAUGCUGAGCGUAUAUUUUCUGGCUGCGUUGCUACUCGUGCAUUGGUAAUCUAAAGGUCAUGCCUUAAUCCGAAAUGGCUUCUGCGCGAAGUACGUGGACGAGGCAAAACUGUUUGGCGUCAGCCACGAAAGAGCCCAUAAAUGAUCCCCGCUCGGUAGUGCAAGAUAUUUUGUAAUGAGCAUACAGUUAAUUAAUUACGGUGGUGAGAAAAAUCGUUUUAUU